CACUUAGAAAAUCACGUCAAAAAAAUUGUUUCUUGAAGUUUUUUCAUCGAGGGUGGAAUUCUUAUCAUUCAAACACAAUUGUUGGUCUAUAAGCGAUUCUUACUUCCAACGCCGGCGAAGCCCCCUCCUUCUUCGAUUCCAGCGAGUGGAGGAUUGAAACCCCGCCAACGGGGUCAACGAGAACCACCACGCGUCAGCCGCUGGCCAUUCCUCUCUCGCCGCAAGCUCGCCGCCGGUGGAGCUUGUAUCUACUCGCUGCGCUGCGACGUCGGAACCCUAGGCUGCCGCGUGCUUCCUCCACCUCCAGAAACCCCUGGAACCACCCCGCUUGAGCUCGCACUCCUCACCGCAGCAUCGCAGAGCUGAUUCCCUGCUGCCACCGCCUUCAGUCAUCUUCACCGUGCAGUUCUGGGAAGGAGUCUCGUGGAAUAGGUUAUGCUGUCGGCCUGUAGAAGAAGAAUUUGCUGUCUACCCAAUUCUUGCCCUUUAUCCCACCCAAAGCCCCACAUCUAAUUUAUCUCUAAAUCCCAUAGAGUCCUUGUGGGAAUAAAAAGAGCCAACUUUUUUCGAAUUCCCUUCUCACUUUUGGCUAAUGUUGUUUAUUUACAAUUUUUCAUCUAAAAACGAGCCAGGGGGUAUUGCAAGAAAUUGAGUGAAGUGUUUUCAAACACAGUGGAAGAUAAAAGCAUUGGACAAUGCGACACAUCAAAGCUCGUCGAUUUUGCACUCUAAUAAUCGAAGCAACUCCCAGAACCCCAACCACGAAGCCAUUCCUUCCCAUAACUCACCGAACGCUUCCCGAACCUCAUGGCCAAGAUCUGGAUUUCAUCACCGUCGCUCAUAGUCACGUCAUCAACUCCAAUUGGGAAAAGCUACGACCUUUGUGCCCUGUUCUCACACCCUUCCGUCUCAAACACCUCUUCCUCAAGCUCCAAAAUGACCACGUAUUGUCCCUCAAACUCUCCCAAUGGCUUCUCCAACACCACCCAUCCACGCAUACCCUCGAAACCCUCUCGUUCCUCCUCCACACUCUGGCCACACAUCGCCAAUUCAAAACCAUCCAAACCAUCCUCACAAAAAUCCUCUCUUCACACUCUCCUCACACCCUCUUCCACUCCCUCUUACACUCCUAUCCUAUCUGCAAUGCUUCCCCUCUCGUCUUCGAUGCCCUCUUCAAAACCUUUGCCCACGCCAGUAAAUUUCGCAACGCCACCCUCACUUAUACCCUAAUGAAGCAAUACGGCUUCUCUCUCACUGUUGAAUCCUGUAACGCCUUUUUAAGUUCUCUGCUUCGCCUUGGCAGAGCAGAUAUUGCUCUGUCAUUUUACCGGGAGAUGUGUCGCACUUAUGUUUUGCCUAAUGUUUACACUCUUAACAUGGUUAUUCGCGCUCAUUGCAUGCUUGGGGAAGUGCAGAAGGGCUUUGAGAUUUUCCAGAAGAUGGGGGACAUGGGCUUGAGUCCUAAUGUUGUGUCUUUCAAUACUUUGAUUUCGGCGUAUUGUAGGAAGGGGUUGUUUGGCUUGGCAUUCAAGGUUAAAUCUUUGAUGGGGGAUCAUGGAGUGCAAGCUAAUGUGGUUACUUUUAACACUCUGAUUAAUGGGUUUUGUAAGGAGAGGAAGUUGCAUGAGGCGAAUAGGGUUUUCAAUGAGAUGAAGGUUGCUAAUGUGGCUCCCAAUGUUGUGACUUAUAAUAUUUUGUUGCAUGGGUAUGGUCAGGUUGGAGACAGUGAAAUGAGUGGGAGGGUUUACGAGGAGAUGGUGAGGAGUGGGGUUAAGGCUGAUAUAUUAACUUAUAAUGCAUUGAUUUUGGGGCUGUGUAAAGAUGGGAAGACAAAGAAGGCGGCAGGGUUUGUAAAGGAGCUUGAUAAAGAGAACAUGGUUCCCAAUGCGAGUACUUUCUCUGCUCUUAUUACUGGGCAGUGUGUGAGGAAUAAUUCUGAGCGUGCCUUUCUUAUAUAUAGGAGCAUGGUGAGGAGUGGCUGUAAUCCAAAUGAACAUACUUUUCAGAUACUGAUAUCUGCUUUUUGCAAAAAUGAGGACUUUGAUGGGGCUGUUCAAGUUUUGAGGGACAUGCUGGGUAGAUUGAUGAAGCCAGAUUCCAACACAUUAUCUGAGCUGUAUCAUGGACUUAACAAGUGUGGGAAAAACCAGUUGGCAUUGGCUUUGUGUAGCGAGAUGGAAGCAAGGCGGCUAUUGCCGGAUGGGUUUGACAAAGAAAAAUUAUUCAUCGUCCAUCCUGAAAAUGAAAAUGAGACAAGUAGCUGAAUAUUCUCCAUUAGGGGUAAUUUUGUUCCAAACACUUCAAAUACUAGAUGUGGACCAUAUAUGUCUCUUCUACGGGAGAUACGAAUAUUAGUUUGUUACAUUGUGGUAGACAUGUCCCUUGUAUUAGAUCAAGAACAUCAAAAGCGCUUAUGGGGUGGAAAGAAAUUGACAAGGAGAUCCAUGUGGCCUAGUAGCAUACAUUUGAGCUGGUCUAUCUUGUGGCUUUGAUGAUGAUAACACUCCAAGAAUCACAUCCUUGUAAGUUUAGAGAUCAUAAAAAAAUCAUACAUAGAUUCAUUAACUCAAACCCUUAACUAACAAAAAUAUAUUUGGAAAAGAACCAAGAAUUUGUCUUCAAGUGGACUUACCGGGCUGAUAUCAUCUUUCAUCUCCGAGCACACUUUGUUACGCUACUUGGAUUUAUCAAACAAUAGUUCAAGCGGGCCAGUACCUGAUUUUCUGACACAACUGCAAUCACUUGAAGUCUUGUAAGUUAAAGGGGUUUCAUAUUUGUGCUGUUUUUGCAUAAACUUUGGUUGCAGAAACUUUGGUAAUAACAACCUUACUGGUUCAGUUCCGAGCGGAAUUAUUGAUAGAUCAAAGGAAGGUUCACUAUCUUUGAGGUAAGUCUCAAUCUUGUGCUUAAAAUCCUUGAACCAUAUGAUUAUAAUUUAAUUUCUUAACACACCAUUGGAUUGUUAUACUCGAGAAUUCGAAAGUAGCAACCGGAAGAUUUAAUUAAAGAAUUCUAGACUCAAUACAGAAUUUAAAGUAUAUAUAUAUAUAUAUAUAUAUAUAUAUAUAUAUAUAUAUAUAUAUAUAUAUCAACAUUUUUUCAAAUGAACUACGUAUCCUGUUUCUAUUGAGAAUAUGUAUGAGUAAGGUCAAUAAUGUUGGGGGUCAAUCAUUUUCAAACGAGGUGGAUUGUUAUUCCAUUCGAGAGGCACUUGACUCGUAUUGUCUCUCUUCCCACCUUGCAUCGCAAGUUCAGCUUCCUCGUCCUUGGCACCAAUUUCUUAUUAACAUAUUGAUGUUCCUUGACCACCGUGUCAAUUUGAGGGGAUGUUAGGCAAUGGGUUCGCUGGACCAUUAUUAUUAUUUUCCUUAAAAGCUACUUCUCCAAUAUAUUCAUAUUUAUAAUAAUUGAAUAUAUUUAGGAUUUCUAAUUUAGGUUGUAAAAAUUAGGAACUAUGAUUAAUUAUCAUUAAUAGUGCUAAAUGCUAUGUAUUAUUUAAGAAGAUGAAUAGAGAAAAGAAAGAGGAAACGAGAGAAAAGCCAUAUUUCUGACAUCAACAUCUCUCAAUUCUCGUAUGUAAAACUCUAGUUCCCUUCUCCUUUCUUUUUUUCAGUACUCUUUUAGGUUUCGUGGAUUGUAAUAAUUGAUUAAUAAUAGUUCAGUCAAAUCUUCAGGAUAAUGACGGGGACUUCACCUGUUUGUUAUUUGCAAGCAGAAGAGAGAUAGCCCCGACAAAGUUAUGCCUAUGUUCGCCUAUUAUGUCCUCGAUGGUUUCAUUUACCAUGCUCCGCAACUCUAACGAUUUUGCUGCCACAAUUCUGAGUUCUUGCUCUGUGUGUUACGUGUUUUCUAUUAUUUUUAUCUUAGGGAGAAUUCUCUCUGUGAAUAACUUGCUUGCAUGACAUUAAAAAGGAAUGGACGUCUGUGAUCCUAUGGUAUUUAUCAAUAGAAACAUCAGAGAACUUUUAUUAUCUUGUGGGGGUUUAAAACCUUUCUUUUCCUUUUUGUGCAGGAUAUUUAAUGAAGGGUUAUCUUGGGUCAUGUUAUUAUUUAAAAAAAAAAAUAUUUAUCUACGGUUUAGUAAUUACCUUUUGUGUUAUGAUUUCUCUUUAAGGGUGUUUUAUGCUAUUUAGACUUUUUUGCGUAAUUGGUGAUUUCUUUUUUCUGAGAAUAUCUGAACAUGAACCAAAGGAGCUCUCCACCUAGAGGAGUAUUUUAGGUUUGUUUGAUGGGGAUUAACUUGCCAAGAGCAGUAAAAUUCGUGGUUAUUUUGUUAAUCAAGGAGUACUCUGACAAGAGGAGUACUCGUGGUUGGCCAUCGUAUAUCAUUGUGAAAAUUAGAGAAAGUUCUUUUCAAUCCUGAAACAUAACAUUUUGUAUUUUGCUCGAAGCUGUAUUAGUUGUAUUAUCUGCUUUUAGUGUUCAGGUUCGGUGUUUUGAACAGGCAACACUACAGUUUUAUACUUUUAAGGCCUUAUUCUUCAAUUUUAGUGCAGUUUACUAGUUUUUCUUUUAGUCAAUUUUUAUUAUUAUGGGAGAGAUUUGGUGCCCAAUACUGGUUGUGUCACUGGUCUUGCAGGGAAGGGGCCUUUGUUACAUCUAAUCUAAUAGGCAUUUACUACAGCUGCCUCCAAGUUGGAGAAGAUUGGAUAUGACACUGUGGCAGCGGGUGAAAAGCGAAGGGAGAAAAUGUUCGUCUAUCCUGCAGACAUGUGUGGAAUGUAUAUUGAACAUGAUAAAAAUUAGUGAGAGAGAAUUGGUUCAUAAAAUUCAAUUCACAUAUAUGUAAACUUUAGAUUGAAAUACUGGUGACCAAUGACAUAUUAAUUAGUGACAUGCCCAAUACCUUUUGAAUAGUAGUAUAACUACUGCUCUAUUUUAA